AUGACGACAAGAUUGGCGAGAUUAUGGCAAACCGGCAACCCUCAACGACGCGUUUUUCUUCCCGAUUUCUGGGUGGCGGUUGUUGAGAGCCCGUCGUGCGGCAGAAAUAAACUACCGCAGAAUUGCGUCAAAUUUGAGGUCGAUCCACGAAUGUCCCGCCACGAUAUUCGCGAAUAUCUGACGAAAAUCUACAAGCUGCCGGUUCGCGAUGUUCGCACAGAAGUCCAAAUGGGCGAUAUUCUAUGGAACAGCAAACACGAUUAUCAAUAUAAGAAAGCAAUGUGGAAAGACGACGACAAAAAAUUUGCCUAUGUUUUUAUGCCAAAAGAUUUCAACUUCCAAUUCCCAUCAAUGUUCUCAAGUCUCGAAGAGGACAUCGAACUUCUGAAGGCGAAACAGCAGCAAGAAGUGUCCAAAGACAAAUUGAACGACGGUUUCGCGAAUCGCAAUCGAAAAAACAUUGGAACAUUCCUUGGCGCUUAA